UCAAAUUUCCUCAACAAUACACUUUUUGUAUAAAUUCCCGCCCCCCCCUGGGAGGUCACCCAGAGGUCAAUUCUGACGUCCAUUUCUAGGUUAUAAAAACACCGCCAAUUUUUUUCCGCAAAAUGCCUCACUUUCGCGUUGAGACAAACGUGCCCCAGAGCAAAAUCCCGUCCGAUUUGCCUCAGAAAUUGUGCCAAGUUGUUUCAAAUUCCUUAUCAAAGCCACUCAAUUAUUGUGUGGCUACUGUGAUCGGAGACGUCCACAUGUCUUGGGGGGGCACCAGUGAGCCCGCCGCUCAAGCCACUCUGAUGAGCAUUGGCGCCUUGGGCGUGGAACCAAACAAAAAGCACGCCAAGGCUUUGUACGAAGUUGUGUGCAAGGAAUUGGGGGUUUCGAAGGACCGGAUGUAUAUUCACUUCGUGAACGCGCCGACUAGCGAUGUGGGGUACAAUGGGACCACUUUUCAUGAUAUUUUCGGGUGAUAAGUGAUAACGAAGCAAUGGUGUUUUGUUUUAUUUCAAAUAAAAAAAAUUAUUACAA